AUGCUGAUGCAGCCAGGAGAUCCGAUCUUUCGGCAGAUAAAAAAAAAAGCUGCUCCGCUGCUGACGCGGCAUCGCGACGCCGCUCGGAGCGCACUUCGCACGACGCCGCGCGAUUGCCGCGGGACGUCGGACCGAACGUCGAUUCCUCGCGCGCGAACGCGCGCGCGCUCGGUGGACGCGCGCGCGCGCGACGCCCUCGGCGACGGUCGGGAGGGGGGAAACGCGGUCGCGUCGCGAAAGAAAAUCAUCACUCGGACUACGAUGACGACGGAAAACAACGAGAGCCCGCCGUCGCCGAAGGGCCUCUCCUCCGAGAUCGGCCCGGCUCUGUUCCCGGACGCGUCCUCGGUGGGCGCGUCCAUCGCCGCGCCGCCCGGUCUGCUGAAGAGCCUCCUCUUCGGCGUCCAGCCGCCGAACUCGCACUCCACGCUCGUGUCGAGCCGCUCGUUCGCGAAGAUGGACUUCGUCGGAGGCGAAGAGGAUGCGCACGACGCGUGGCGCGACAAGUACAACGCGCAUCGGAGAGCGUCGCUGGACGAGGGAGGAACGGGAACGGGAACGGGAAACGGAACGAAGGGCGGCGGCGGCGGCGGCGGCGGCGGCGUCGCGAUCGACGCGCACGUCGCCGCGCGGGACGCGGGGUUCGGAGGACGCGGCGGGCUCGUCGUCGGAUCCGCGCCGGCGGGGACGGGGGGCACUCGGACAGGGUUCGCCGCCGCCCGCCCCGGGCCGACGCUGCACGAUUUCGGGUUCCGCGGCCGCAUGUUCUCGUCGUCGGUGCCGGGGAACAAAGGUGGUAAAGGCGGCGGCGCGUGA